UUCCGGCACGGCCGCGGGUCCCACCUCCCGGGGGCGGGGCGAGGGCGGAGCGGCGAGAAGGGAGCGGACGGGCGCCCGGCCGGCUGCGGUCCGUGCGAAGGCUGAGCCGGCCGCGGGCGCGAUCGGAGGCAGUUUCCGUUACUAUGGCAAUGACGGCAGGGAACACAACCAGCUUUCCUAUGAGCAACCAUACCCGGGAGAGAGUGACUGUAGCCAAGCUCACGUUGGAGAAUUUUUACAGCAACCUAAUUUUGCAGCACGAAGAGAGAGAAACCAGGCAGAAGAAAUUAGAAGUGGCCAUGGAAGAAGAAGGACUAGCAGAUGAAGAGAAAAAGUUACGCCGAUCACAACAUGCUCGCAAAGAGACAGAGUUCCUGCGGCUCAAGAGGACCCGGCUUGGCCUCGAUGACUUCGAGUCUCUGAAAGUGAUAGGAAGAGGAGCUUUCGGAGAGGUACGACUGGUCCAGAAGAAAGACACAGGCCACAUCUACGCAAUGAAGAUACUGAGAAAGGCCGAUAUGCUUGAAAAAGAGCAGGUGGCCCAUAUCCGAGCAGAGAGAGAUAUUUUGGUAGAAGCCGAUGGCGCCUGGGUGGUGAAGAUGUUCUACAGCUUUCAGGAUAAGAGGAAUCUUUAUCUAAUCAUGGAAUUUCUUCCUGGAGGUGACAUGAUGACAUUGCUAAUGAAGAAGGACACCUUGACAGAAGAGGAGACCCAGUUCUACAUUUCAGAGACUGUUCUAGCCAUAGAUGCAAUCCACCAGUUAGGCUUCAUCCAUCGGGAUAUUAAACCAGACAACCUUCUGUUGGAUGCCAAGGGUCAUGUGAAAUUAUCUGAUUUUGGUUUAUGCACGGGGUUAAAGAAAGCUCACAGGACUGAAUUCUACAGAAAUCUCACACACAACCCACCAAGUGACUUCUCUUUUCAGAACAUGAAUUCAAAGAGGAAAGCAGAAACAUGGAAGAAGAACAGGAGACAACUGGGAAAAAAAAUGAAUACUGCUGAAAACUGUGGUGGGAAUUCUCUGCCUCCCUUUACUGAAGAGUCCCAGGCGUAUUCCACAGUUGGGACGCCAGAUUACAUUGCUCCGGAAGUGUUCAUGCAGACUGGCUACAACAAGCUGUGUGACUGGUGGUCCCUGGGCGUGAUUAUGUAUGAAAUGCUAAUAGGGUAUCCACCGUUCUGCUCCGAAACACCUCAGGAAACAUACAGAAAAGUGAUGAACUGGAAAGAGACGCUGGUGUUUCCUCCAGAGGUCCCCAUCUCGGACAAAGCCAAGGACCUAAUUCUCAGAUUUUGUGUUGACUCUGAAAAUAGAAUUGGAAAUAGCGGAGUAGAGGAGAUAAAAAGUCAUCCCUUUUUUGAAGGUGUGGACUGGGGGCACAUAAGGGAAAGGCCAGCAGCAAUCCCUAUAGAAAUCAAGAGCAUCGAUGAUACUUCCAAUUUUGAUGACUUCCCUGAGUCCGAUAUUUUACAACCAGUGCCAAAUACCACAGAACCCGACUACAAAUCCAAAGACUGGGUUUUUCUCAAUUAUACCUAUAAAAGGUUCGAAGGGUUGACUCAGCGCGGCUCCAUCCCUACGUACAUGAAAGCCGGGAAGUUGUGAGUGAGGAGCGCAUUCGCCCACAGCCAAGAGAACUCAGGUAGCUGCAUCACCAGGCUUGCUUGGCGUAGGUCACAGUACACUGAAGCACUCCUGACGACGGACGGUGGUGCUCGCCGACUGCGAGAGGAAAUUCUGCGGGAUUAGGAUUUCUAAGACUACUACAGGAAUUGGUUGGCAGUGCCAGCUGGCUUUUUUUUUUUUUUUUUUUACUAUUUUAUUAUUUUUGUUAACUUUAUUAUACGAAGGUACUGGAAUAAAAGGAACAUACAUCCCUCUGUAACUGCACUGCCUACCUGCAUAUUAAGGUCCAUUCUGCCUGUGUGUGCCAUGGCUUCGAACUGUAACACCUCUAAUCAGUUCAGGAGAAACACAUAUCACUUAAAGCAACAUCGGCCAAGCUGUAGGUAACCCUGCAGUGCGGCUGUUUUCCUGCAAAUCGUAAGGGUCUAGAUAAUCAGUAAAAGCCAUCUCCCGUAGCUGGUGGGAGAACAUUUGCCCUACUGGUUUGGACAUCCGUAGAAUAUAUCUGAAGACAAUUUCUGUAAUGGUUUUAAGACAUUUAAGGAGAAAUAACACUGGUUCUUUAUGUCAUCCAGUUGCUACACAGACACCACAGUAGGGUGCGACAAGAGCAUAAUAAGAAAGAGGAAGCUUAUCACCUUCACUCAAGCAAUCCACUAAUAUAUUUACUUCAUUCAGAAAUACUGACCUUUAUCUAUGUAGUCUGUAUACUGAUAGGGAGAUGUUCUGUACUAUAGGAAAUGGAAGGUUGCUUUUCUCGUGACAAGAGGACUUCUUUUUUACCAAGAGGACACAGCAUUAUUUUAAUUUGAUUAUGGUGAGUUGAAUCCCAGAAAUGACAAUGGAGGCUGCUUGUAGAACUAGUGUAUUUUUAUUAAACUAUUUUUUUAAAUGUCAAACUUCUGAUCAUGUAUAUGGACUCGUAGAGAACAAAGCUGUUCACUUUGGUUUUCUAGAAAGUUGUUACAUAUCACGGCUGGUUAACGUUCAGUUCCUCUGACAGUACGAGUAUUGUCGUGCCAUUAUUUUCCUACGCUCCAAGUGUACCAAAGAUCCUGAACGGAGUGGGCGUUCUCCACUGAGUGGGAUUUUACUGAGCUGUGGGAAGGCCACGUGCGGCCCUGGCCGAUCUUUGACAGGCCCGGCCCCUCCACGUUGAGCUCCUCCGCUGUGGAACAGGAAGGAAAGGCAGGCUGCGAGGUUGCGAUUAUCGCGUGGGGCCGUGAUGCCAGCCCCAGAGUCCAGGUAUUCCCUCAGAAUUCAGUGAUCUUUGCUAGCCCAGCGUUCUCCCUCUAGAAUGAGCCGCUUCAGAAUACUAGCAGAGGAAGAAUACGGAGUGGUCUCACGUGACGAUAGCCCCGCCAGCCACCUGUGCUCUCCGCGGAACCGCCGCAUGGCCGCCCACAGCUCGCUCCUCCUCCUGCGCGGUCCUCCUCGGACUCCCUGGGCUCAUCUUCCCUUUGCUGGUCUCGAUCACGUGGCCGAGCCGGAGGAGAGAGGGAGCUCUUUUACAACUCUGGGUUUUCUCAAUUGGGCUAACUCUGAUUUUUCUAAUUAUAACUGCCUUUAAUUCUUUUUUCAGAAACAUCGUUAGCGCCUGCUGGGGUUUGAGAUUGUCACCCCCCCUCCUGUCCUGGGCUGGGAGGAGAGUGCCCUGGGUCUGGUCUAGGCGGGCAGCAUUGAGGUUGCCUCCGAGAGGGACUGAGAUGGAUGCAGAGGAGCGGGGUCACCUGAGGUGACCGCCACUGCUGCGGAGACAGCGCUUUGGUUCAGUUUCCCUGAGAGUGCUUAGGACCUCCUGGUAGUGCAGGGGCCGUUCUGGAAGGGUCACUCUGCUCCCUGGAGUUAACAGAGUGCUUCACCAUCUUUGGGGGUUCCCCUCAUCACGAGCAUUUCUUAAGUGCCUAUCCAAAAGGAAGUAAAGACUGCCUGCCCUUUGGAAGCUAAGAAUUUGAUUCAUGAUGCAAAUUAGCACACGAUGUGCAGAGUACCCUUGAGACUGAAUCCUCUCUAUUAUUCGUCUCCCAUAUUUCAGGUGAAUCAUUUCAUUUAAAUGACAAAACGCUAUCUGAUCAACUGGGUAUAAUGACAUUUCUUUAAAUUAGACUCUAUUUUGAAUUAAAAGAGUUUUAUUAUAAACUAUGUGUGUUUUGGUUUUUCUAAGUAUACAGAAAGCUUGUAUAAUUUAGAAUUAUUGGUUUCCUGAUUUAAUGUAGACUGAUUUUUUUUAAUUAAAAACCUUUGUAUUAAAACAAGUUAUGUUA